AUGUCAGAACAUGGUUUGUGUGCAACUUUCGAAUAUCCCCCGAGGAGUGACCUUGUUUCUAGCUGAUUUAUGUGGUACUAUCGAGAAAGCCUUCCCCGACAUAAUGGGGUUACUCGAAGAUUCGGAUGCAGUGAUCCGAAAAGCAAGCCUUGAGCCGGGUGCCAUUCGUGUCAUAAUACCCCUCCUAUCGAGACUGCUAGGCGAUCAGGAUAACAAUUGCAGUCAUAAAGUAUGGAGUAUGGUCCUCGAAUUCGUUGUUGAGGUCCCGUUUGUGUUUGAUACCCACUGUAAUGCAAAGUCAUUUUACAGUUUCAUUCAAGCCCACGGGUACUCGCCUGACAAACACCGUUCCUCUUAUCUCGAUGCGGAGAAGCGACGAAGGAGCCUACGACUCGUUUGCAGAACGUGGGCAAAGCUCAUGAACCGACCAAACCCGCAUUGGGCAGUGGACCAUGCCCUCUCCCCCUCCGAACGAAACUUCGAUCACAUAAAGAGACUGGAUCUUGGAGUCAAACGGAUAUACCCUCGAACAGUGAGGGAACCCCUAACACAACAGCGACGACUCCUUGGCGCUAUCCUUAAAAGUCACAAAUCACUCUCCUCUAUCACCCAUGUGUGCAUUUGCAUAAGUAAUAUCCCAAGAUUCAACGAAGAGAUGAUUUCGUUUCUCCCCCACGUGCGCAAUCUACCUCACCUUCAAACCCUGACCUACAUUGAUCCGGCCAAAGACCUAUCCAGCCUGGGUCUACUGGAGCUGUGUUAUCCCAGAUUUGCAAAUUUGACCGGUCUUUAUAUAAAAGCAGAGAAAUUGCACGGUUCCCUUCGAUUAGAAAGACUAGAGUCUCUCUACUUGGACAUUGAGUCAUACGAUCCUGGCCAGUGGUCGUUCCCCGCUCUUCGUCAUCUUGCCUUGAAGAAAGGAAGCGAAAGCUUUCUUCACCCUUACGGUCUAAACAGCGGCACUUCUCCUCUGGCGGGUAUCUUCACUCAACUCCAGUUGCUCUUCUUCCUUGACCCAUACCUUUAUACUUCUAUAGAUGAGUCAUUCUGGGAAGCGUAUCCGCACCUCGAAAACUUGGGUGUUUCUUCCAACACUCUAGCCAUUCAAUCCAAACCUCCACAUGGUCAUCCACUGAACCAGAUCAGGCUCGCCA